AUCUGAGGACCAUGACCGCCCUGCUGGAUCCCACCCAGAUAGAAGAGAGAGAGAAGAGGAGGCUCAAACAGCUGGAUCAGCAGCGAGCGAUUGAGGCCCAGGUGGAGGAGCGACGGCGGCAGAAGGAACAAGAGGAGGCGAGGAGAAGAGAGGAAGAGAAAGAGGACGAGAGGAGGGUGGCGCUAGAGAGGGAGAUGAUGGAGAGACAGUACGAGAUCGACACACAGAGGGAGAAGCAGAAGAUACGUUGCUAG